AUGUUCUCUGUGAUUUCUGGCCAUUGUCUCUGGUGGAGCGGGCUUCAGAGGAGACUGAGGCUGAAUCAACUGGUGCCGACAGGACAGCACUUUCGGCAUGUGCACUUGAAGGUUGGAGACCGAGCUGAGCUCAGCAGAGCCUUCACACAACACGAUGUGGCUACCUUCUCAGCGAUAACAGGAGAUGUCAAUCCUUUGCAUUUAAGUGAAGAUUUUGCAAAACACACCAAGUUUGGAAAGACAGUUGUGCAUGGAGUUCUGAUAACUGGACUUAUUUCAGCUCUCCUGGGUACUAAAAUGCCAGGGCCAGGCUGUGUGUUUCUUUCCCAGGAAAUUAAGUUUCCAGCCCCUUUAUAUAUUGGAGAAGUGGUUUUAGCAUCUGCAGAAGUGAAAAGGUUGAAGCAAUUUGUUGCUGUUGUUGCAGUGUCCUGUUGUGUAAUAGAAAGUAAGAAGACAGUUAUGGAAGGCUGGGUUAAAGUUACGGUCCCAGAAGCUCCUAGAUCCUGAUGUACAAGUGUAAAGUUAUAAGUUGAAACACCUGUGCCCAUCAGGGGGAUGGACCGUGCUCUUCAUUAAGGAAUGCUGGUAUAUCUGGAAGCCAGCAGACAGCUUGUUCUAAUGUCUACUUUCUAGAUUGGCUUAUGCUUUACCCAGGCUUAAGUCUGUGCAAGAUUUUAUUAUCUGUGGAGAUUUGGGUUUUUUUCCAAUUAAAAAACAAUUGCGAGGGACUGGAGAGAUGGCUCAUCAGUUAUAAUCACUGGCUGCUCUUCUAGAGAAUCUGGGUCCAAUGCCUAGCACCCACAUGGGAGCUCACAACUGUUUGUAACUCUAUUCUUGGAAUCCAAUGCCAUCUCCUGGCCUCUGGAAACUACAUGCAGAUGGUACACAGACAUACAUACAGGCAAAACAACCGUACAAAUACUAAUACAUACAAAUAAUAAUAAAAGCAAAAAUCCUUGUAAAAAUUGAGAAAGCUAUUUAUCUGCAUGUUUUACUUUCAGAAUUUGAAACAUUUAUGUUUGUAUUUGAUAACAUUUGCCUAUAUUUGUUUUUAGGAAGUUUCUUACUGAAUUAAUACCACUGUGUAUUUAGUUACUAACUAUAAUGGUGGAAGUAGGGUCAUCUUUGAACGCCUACUCUUUACCGUUAAAUAUUCUUAGCCCUUUCUCAGUGGUUUGUGGGUUAGGUUUAUGAUUGUUUAUAUGCUUUCCCACUUGGGAGGCAGAGGCAGGCGGAGCUCAAGGCCAUCCAGAUGAGCAUAGCAAGUUCCAGGACAGCCAGGGCUACAUAGAGAGACCCUGUCUCAAAUUAAUAAAAAAAAAAAUGCCAACUAGUUCAACUUUCUGUGUGCUUGCCUUUUAGGUGGUUUUUGCUUUUACUGGAGAAGUGUUUCCUUGCAGCCUUGACUCAGUUAUGUAAACUCCUAAUACUGCAACAUUGUUGGGAAAUAAAAGAAACAGAAUUAAGCAGAGGGCCAGGUCUAGCCAAUAUCCUCUGACCUGGCUUCCCAUGAGUGAGGUUACUGGCUUUUCUGAAUUCGAAGUUGGCUAUUUUACAGUUGAGCAGGGUAACAAGCUGAAUUUUCAGGGAGUUAGCCAAUCUGUUAGAAUUUUAAAUCUGUAGAAAAGAAUCUGGGAUGCAAAGUCUAUUUUAAAGACUCUAAUUUCUCUCUCCCUCUCUUGAAAAUGUUGAUCUGCUUUAAAAAACAAAACAACAGAAAAAGCAACAACAAGACCAUUAUGAAUAUAUAUCCAAGGUAUAAAGCAGGGCUGGGCAUGGUGAUGCAUGCAUUUAACUUCAGGCAGAGCAGGCCGAUAUUUUGUAUUUGAGAACAUCCUGGUCUACAUGGCAAGCUUCAAGACUAUCUCAAAAAAAAAAAAGAGGUCAAGUGUAUGGUGGAUGAGGGAGGCCAAGUGUUUUUUGAAGGCUAAGUUUUUGUCUGUUUGAGGGUAUGGGCAGAAUGUACUGAAUGUGUUAAUAUUAAAUAGUCAUCCUAAACAGCCAA